AAGAAAACUUCUACUAUAAAAGUAUUAAAGGCUAUAACUCCGUUUAUUAAUUUAGAAGAUAAUAUAGUAUUAGACGCUAUAACUUCCAAUACCGGUCCUACUAAUUUGCCUCCCGCUAAUUAUAACGCUCCUAUUAUAAUUAGUACCUUAAAGAAGGUUAGGAAGUACCUUACCAAAGAGAAUUUUAAUAAAAAGAGUACUACUAUAGUGUAUUUUCAUCCCCCCGAUAGCUUUAUUUAA